AAAAAAAAAAAAAAAAAAAGCAAAAAUAUUGUAGAGGCGGAUCAAUCAAUCGGCUUCUUUUUUUUUCAAGUUUUUUUGUUGGUUUUAUUUUUUUACGUCUUCAGUUGUUCGUAUAUUUUUUUUUUGCUUUUUUUUGCACACCAAGACACUUUGUACAGGCCACGCUUACUAUCUAGUUAUUGUCCAGCUGUCUAGAAUCGACACUCUUCAAUACAAAUUAUACAACAAAUGGCAGCAGCAGGAGCUAAACGCAAAAACACAGCGGGCGCAAAGGCAGAGGCAGAGGCACAGGCACAGGCAGAUGGAGCACAGCAGGCCAAGAGGAGGCAGGCCGAGCCGAUAGCGUGCGCCAGCGAGGAGAUGGAGGACAGCCUAAGUGCCAGCGAAGACUGUGACGCAGACAGCUCUGGCAGCGACACCGAGAUGGGCGACGGCGAGACAAAGCUGGCUGGCGAGAACACUGGCGACGGCGACGACAACGCAGCGGCAGGAAAGCAGCACAGAGGCGGGAAGGCAGCGACCAACAGCGAGAUUAUGGCGCUGAACGAGGCCGCGCUGCUGUUCAAGUCCAACCUGUUCAAGCUGCAGGCCGACGAGCUGCUCGGCGAGGCGCUGGUGGUGGCCGGGACCAAGGAGACGCGCGGGCUGGAUGCGGCGCUGCGGCAGAUCCGCGAGGUGCUCGUUGCGCUGGAGGAGGUGCCGGCAGUGGACGUUGACGCGGCCAGCAACCUGGCGCGCAAGCUGGGCGUCAGCAUCCCGUUCCCGGACCCGGCGCCGCCGGCCGGAAUGGCGCUGCAGCUGGCGUUCAGCGCGCCCGCGGCCGUCACGGUCGUCGGCAGCUACGCGCUGGGCAUGGCCGUGCGCACGCGCAGCGGCAUCACCGUCGACGUGGCGGCGCAAAUGCCGGCGGCGCUGUUCCAGGACCGCGACCACCUCAACUGCCGCUACUUCUACAAGCGCGCGUUCUACGUGGCCAUGCUGGUGGCCGGGCUGCGGCGGUCGGCGCUUAACGACGCGUUCGACAUCGGCGUCGAGGCCGUGCGCGACGACGCGCGGCUGCCGGCCGUGGUGCUGCGGCCGCGCACGCGGCGCGUGGGCGGCAGCGUGCGGCUGCUGCCGUGCAUCGCCGGAGACACGCUGGCGUUGGCGCGGCUGGGCGGCGCGCGCAACAGCCUGCGGCCCAGCUUCAUCGCGGCCGGCGCGGCCGACGAGGACGCGCCGCCGACGCCGCAGUACAACGCCGCACUGGCCGGCGACGCGCUGAUGGUCGCGCACAUGCGCUUCCUGCACGAGACGGCCGGCAUGUGCCCGGCGUUUGCGCGCGGCGCCGCGCUGCUGCGCGUGUGGCUGCGGCAGCGCGUCGGGCUGGGCGCGCAGGCGCGCGUCACGGGCUUUGCGCUGAGCCUGGUGCUCGCGUGGCUGGUGCGGCAGGGCCGGGUGGGCAGCGGGCUGGGCGCGCACGCGCUGUUCAAGGCCUGCGUCGAGUUCCUGGCGGCGCGCGACUUCGAGGCGCAGCCGGUGGCGUUCGGCGCCGCGCUGGCCGGGUUCGGCGGCGCCGUGCUGGCCGACCCGACGGCGACGACCAACGUGCUGGCCGGCGUCGGCGACGGCGAGCUGGCCGAGCUGCGGCUGGCCGCGCGCGCCGCCGCGCUGGACGCCAACGCCGCCGACGACCGCUUUGCGCGCAUCUUCCUGGCGGCGCCGGCGCCGGCCGUGCAGCGCUUCGACCACGUGCUGCGGCUGGACGUCGCGCUGGCGCCGUUCCUUGCGCCGCGCGGCGGGGCGGCCGCGCGGCGGCUGGCCGAGCUGGACCACGGCAGCCCGGUGGCGGCCGUGCGCGCGCGCAUUGAGGCGCUGCUGGGCGCGGCGCUGGACGCGCAGGCGCGCGCCGUGGUUGUGCGCGCGGCGCCGUGCGCGCUGGGCGACCUGGUGCGCGCGCAGCGGCGCCACGUGUUCGUCGUCGGGCUGGUGGCGCGCGGCGACGCGGCGCAGCGCGUGGUGGGGCUGGGCCCGAGCCCGGCUGGCGACGCGGCGGCGGCCGCGCGGUUCCGCGCGCUGUGGGGCGCGCGCGCCGAGCUGCGGCGCUUCCGCGACGGCGCCAUCCGCCUGGCCACCGUGUGGGGCGGCGCCGACGCGGCGCCCGAGCAGCGCGCGCUGGUGCUGCCGCGCAUGGCCGCGUUCCUCGUGCGCCGCCACUUCGCCGCGCACGCGGGCGCCGCCGACGUGCUGACGCGCGAGGACCGCGAGGCCGCCGACCGCGACCCGCCGCGCGCCGCGCUGCCGUUUGCCGGCACGCAGCCGCGCGCGCUCAGCCUGGCGCCGCGGCUCGACGGCUUUGCGCAGACGCAGGGCGCCGGCGGCGCGGCCUUCGAGCCGGCGCUGGCCGCGCUGGACGAGCUGCACCGCGAGCUGGCCGCGCUGGAGCACCAGCUGCCGCUGCGCGUGCUGGCGCUGCACGCGGCGGCGCCCGCGCUGCGCUACGCGUCGCUGGCGCCGCCCAAGCCGCUGCGGGGCGGCGCCGACGAUGCGUUUGUCGCGCCGCUGCCGGUGGCCGUCGAGUUUGUCGGGUCGACGCGGUGGCCCGACGACCUCGUGGCGCUGCACAAGGUCAAGGCCGCGUUCCUGCUGCGGCUGGGCGCCUGCUACGCGGCCGCGCACCCCGGCGCGGCCGUGGCCGCCGGCGACCGGCUGCUGGGCCGCGGGGCGCGCGACGGCGUGGUGCCGCGCGCCGACGACUGCUUCGUGGACAUCGGCCAUGCCGCCAGCGGCCUGACGUUCCGCCUGUGGGUGCUGUGCGACCGCGAGGGCGCGCUGCUGGAGCGGCGCGCGCGCGACCUGCGGCUGGUGCCGGCGCUGCACGCGCAGGCGAGCGCCUACGAGGACGCGCACCGCCGCUGGCUGCUCGCCUGCGUGUGGCGGCCGCGCCACCACCGGCUGGUUCUCGGCCUGUGCCAGCGCCACCACCCGGCGGCUUCGCUGACCAUGCGGCUGCUCAAGCGCUGGCUGGCCAGCCACAUGCUGCUGGCCACGCCGGGCGCCGUGCCGGAGGAGGUCGCCGAGCUCCUGGUCGCCCACGUGUUUUCGGCGUCCGAGGCGGCGCCGGCGUCGGCGUGCGCGGGGCUUGCGCGCUGCCUGCGCGUGCUGGCCGAGUGGCGGUGGAAGGACGACCUGUGCGUGGCCGACUUUUCGGCGCCCGAGCACGAGGGCGACGACGACGAGGGCGCGGCGCGCGCGAGCAGCGACCCGGCCGUCACGGGCGUGUGGGCCAAUGUGCAUGGCAUGGGCGGCGAGGCGCGCAAGCCGCUGCAGCUGGCGUUCGACGCCGCGGCCGCGCGCGGCGCGCUGAAGGGCGGCCUGCGCGUGGCCACCGAGGACGACCCCGAGGCGCAGUGGUGGCCGCCGGUGUCUGCGGUCGCCACGCGCCGUCUGGCUGUGCUGGCGCGCGCGUCGCUGGCGUGCAUUGACCUGUGUGUCGAGGACGGCUGCGACGGCCGCCUGUCGGAGAUGUUCACUGCGCCGAUGGCCGACUACGACUUUAUCAUUAAGCUGGACCUGGACGCGGUGAGCCGCCGCUACGAGCAGCCGCCAAAGUCUGCCUUUGCCACCGGCGCUUCGCAGCCCGAGGACGCGGAGGAGCUGGUGGCUGCGGGGAAGAAGCCCGCCGAGAAGGAGGUGUUCAAGAACCUCCUGCCCGCCACCGCCGCUGCCAGCUGCCAGAUCGGUGGCGCGCACAGCUUCAAGACGCGCGCGAAUCCGUUUGGCCAGCCUGGGAUGGUUGGCUUCGACCCCGUUGCGCUGUUCGUCCACGACCUGCACGCCGUCUACGGCGACUCGCUGAUGCUUUUCAACGACGUUUAUGGAGGCAGUGUUAUUGCUGGGCUGUGGAACCCCGCGGUGGUUGCGAAGCCUGCUGCCUUUGCUUGCAACCUGAAUGCCAAUAUGGCUCCAGUGCCCAAGGAGGAGAUGGGCCCAUCGGCGGGCAGCAAGAAGCCACUUGUCAGGUUUAAUAUGCCGGCGGUGAUCGAGGAAAUCAUCCGCCUGGGCGACGGUUUGGUCGAGGAUGUCGUGAUCCAGAGAGACCCUGUGAUCUAAAAAAGAUAUAUAUAUUAUUUUUUUUUUGUCUUUUUCUCUUUUAAAAUAAUAUACAGGCGAAAAAUUUUCUCUUUUCUACAA